CACAGGUGAAUGCUGAAACAUUGCUCGAGGUCACGAGCCGACAUUUGCGGCAGGGUCCUUCUUGCCAUAUUAAAGAAAGCUUGCCCGCAACAUCCAAACCUUGCCCUUGCCUCCGACCUGCCAAAAUCUUGCGGCGCACUAGUUACAGACGACGAAGUCGCCCGAACUCAAUAAAUAUCGCCGCUGGAUAGCCACUGCCCAUCAUGAAGCAGUACGGCAAUGUGUAUCUCGUCGCCGCAAUCUCCAUCAUUGGAGGCAUGCUCUUCGGCUUUGACAUCAGUUCCAUGAGCGCCAUCAUCGCCACGAAGCCGUACCUCUGCUACUUCAACCAAGGCCCCAAUGGACCACCCUACAACGACUUGGCUUGUUCUGGACCACGAACCGAUGUGCAGGGAGGCAUCACCGCCUCCAUGGCUGGUGGCUCCUGGCUUGCCAGUCUGGUCAGUGGUAUCAUCUCUGACCGUCUCGGCCGCAAGAGCGCUAUCCAGAUCGGCGCUGUUAUCUGGGUGAUAGGCUGUAUUAUCGUCUGCGCGGCACAGAACAUUCCCAUGUUGAUUGUGGGUCGAAUCAUCAACGGUUUCUGUGUCGGGAUUUGCUCUGCGCAGGUGCCAGUCUACAUCACUGAGAUCGCGCCGCCAACGAAGAGAGGCCGCCUGGUCGGUGCUCAGCAAUGGGCAAUCACCUGGGGCAUCUUGAUCAUGUUCUACAUCUCGUACGGCAGCUCCUUCAUCAACGGCGUUGCCGCCUUCCGACUUCCAUGGGCUUUACAGAUGAUUCCCGCCAUUAUCCUGUUCUUUGGAAUGAUUAUUCUUCCGGAGAGUCCUCGCUGGCUCGCGUCAAAGGAUCGCUGGGAGGAGUGCGAGCAAGUCCUCAUUCUCACUCACGGCCGUGGUGAUCCAAAUGGUCCCUGGGUAGCUCAGGAGUUCCAAGAGAUCAAGGAGUGGAUCGAAAUCGAGAGAGCCAGCGCCCGCGUCCGCUAUGUUGACCUCUUCUCGCCAAAAUACAUCAACCGCACCCAUAUUGGCCUCUUCACGCAGAUUUGGUCUCAACUCACAGGCAUGAAUGUGAUGAUGUACUACAUUACCUAUGUUUUCGCGAUGGCAGGGUUAACAGGAAACACCCUGCUGGUGUCAUCCUCGAUCCAAUAUGUCAUCAACGUAGUCAUGACCGUGCCUGCCUUGAUCUGGAUCGACCGCGUUGGACGUCGCCCUCUGCUCCUGCUUGGCUCCACCCUUAUGGCAACCUGGCUCUUCGCUAACGCAGGACUCCUUGCCGUAUAUGGCACUGAUCCAGGUCCGGAAGGUGUCGGCGGCAUCAAGGAAGCCAGCGUUGAGGUCUCUGGCGCCGCAUCUAAGGCUGUCAUUGCUUGCUCGUACCUGUUCGUGGCCAGCUACGCACCAACCUGGGGACCUGUCUCUUGGGUCUACCCACCAGAGCUUUUCCCAAACCAUCUUCGUGGAAAGGCUGUUGCUCUUGCCACUUCUGGCAACUGGGCCUUCAACUUCGCUCUCGGCUACUUCGUGCCCCCGGCUUUUGUCAAUAUCAAGUGGCAGACUUACAUCAUCUUUGGCGUAUUCUGCGUGGCCAUGACUUUGCAUGUCUUCUUCAUCUUCCCUGAGACCGCUGGCAAGCAGCUCGAGGAGGUCACCGCCAUGUUUGAGGAUCCUCGCGGCAUCAAGUACCUGGGCACACCUGCUUGGAAGACCCAUUCGCAAUUCCAUGAUGCUCAAAAGAUAGAGCAUGGUCAAGGUUUGGAGAAGAAGAUGGAAGAAGAUCACUCGCCAGAGCGCCACGAGAGGGUCGAGCCGACCAAGAUCGACGUUUAGAUGGAGUUAGUUCAUGCAGUAAUUUCUUUGUCAGAGCCUUACGGCCCGCUUCAUACGACAGUAUGGUAGACGACAACAGUUGCGAAUGCAAGAUACCCGA